GGAAUCCCCAUAGCCCCAGAGAACCCUUACAGCCCUUAGUGCUGGUAGUGUUGGUUCAGGCGUGCCCCAGAGCAAAGAGUGAAAAACUGCCCCGCGCAGCUGCCCUCGCAAGCUCUUGUUCGCCCCCCCAAACCCGGAGAGCUCCAGGGUCUGUUACCACUGGCCACCGACCACUGACCACUGCUACCACACCUAUCUCACCUAUAUCAGUUGACCUAGCCUGUACAUUUAAAUAUCUCUCUUCCUCAAACAAUGCCCUUCGAUCCAUCAUAUCACGGUCAAUCAGUAUCUAGAGUCAAAAGUCUAGCAAGACACAUGUCGCCACCCUCAGCCACAAGUUUUACCCCGGAGGUUGUCCCUCAGGCACCUGAGGACCCUCUGUUCGGGCUUAUGAGAGCUUAUAGAGCUGACCAAGAUCCAAAGAAAGUAGACCUGGGUAUUGGAGCCUACCGUGAUGAUAAUGCUAAACCCUGGGUAUUGCCAGUCGUGAAGAAGGCAGACGAAAUCCUUCGAAACGAUCCCGAGCUCAAUCACGAAUAUGCCCCCAUUGCCGGCAUUACCUCCUUUACCAGCAAGGCUGCCGAGUUGAUCCUUGGUGGUACCGACUCACCUGCUAUCAAGGAGAAGCGCGUCACUUCUGUACAAACCAUCUCCGGCACUGGCGCCGUACAUUUAGGAGCUCUCUUCCUUGCCAAGUUCUACACAGGGAACAAGCAAGUCUACCUCUCAGAUCCCACCUGGGCAAACCACAACCAAAUAUUUAACAAUGUUGGCAUUCCCGUUGCCAAAUACCCCUAUUUCUCCAAGGAGACAAGAGGGCUAGACUUCGAGGGCAUGAAGGCUGCUUUAUUAGGGGCUCCAGAUCGGUCGGUUGUUUUAUUGCAUGCUUGCGCACACAACCCUACUGGCGUAGAUCCGACCCUAGAGCAAUGGAAGGAACUCGCCGAACUCGUGCGUUCGAAGAACCACUUCCCCUUCUUUGAUUGCGCAUACCAAGGCUUUGCCACUGGUGAUCUGAUGAAGGACAACGCCGCCGUUCGAUACUUCGUCGAACAGGGCUUCGAGUUAGUAGUAGCUCAAAGUUUCGCCAAGAACUUCGGUCUCUACGGUGAGCGAGCGGGUUGUUUCCACGUCGUAACUGCCCCGGCACCAGAUGCGGAGAGUACCAUCGGCCGAAUUGCCUCUCAACUGGCUAUUCUGCAACGAUCCGAGAUCUCCAACCCGCCGCUGUACGGUGCUCGUAUUGCCAGCACUGUUUUGAAUGACUCCAAGCUUUUUGCAGAGUGGGAGGAGAACUUACGGACAAUGUCUGGUCGCAUCAUUUCCAUGCGCAAAGCCUUACGAGGAAAGUUGGAAGAACUCGGUACCCCCGGUACCUGGAACCACAUCACAGACCAGAUUGGCAUGUUCAGCUUCACCGGACUGACGGAACCGCAAGUCCUAAAGAUACGCUCGGACUUUCAUAUAUAUAUGACUAAGAACGGUCGUAUCAGCAUGGCAGGCCUGAACACGAAAAACGUCGAGUACGUUGCCAAGGCGAUUGACAAGAUCGUUCGGGAAGUUCAGUGAAAGGAAUGAGGGGUAUGAUGUCGAGCGACCUAUGUGAAUUUACGGGCUUUACUGGGGUUUCGGUUCGGGGAUAUAACGAAAACGGAUUAGGGCAUGCAACUCUCUUCGUCAAUGCGUCGAAUUUCACUGCUUCGGGCUAACGGCUAGAAUGGAAUAUGAUCAAUAAUAGAUGCAUCGAACUUCUGCAAUAUUUGGUCCCGCGAGGACUUGAUUGGGUCGUGAUUAACAUCCAGGAGCAUCAGUUCUUUUCUGCUAUAGCUUAUGGUCUGUGGAGGUUCGGGACUUCAUCCCUAAUAUUAGACCGGUUAUUAGAAUCAGGUCCUCUUAGGAUUCCAGCUACAACAGCGAGGCUACCUAGCCAUGCAUUAUCUGAGCGUUCACAUACACGUAUGUAAGGGAACCCGAAGCUUCCAUAU